AUUCACUGCCAAAGUGUCAACUUCUGUGUUCUUGAUACCUUCCCUUUUCCACUCCUUCCCUUAAUAUAUAGAGCCUCGAGCUCCUCAGUUUCCAAUCCCUGUACUCUUCUUCUUCUUCUCUCUCUCUGAAACUUCUCUGUUUCCGCAAGGAUUCUCUCCUUAUUUAACGGGAAUAUCCGAAGUUUCAGCUUCUCUAAACUCAUCUGCAUUGCCAUAUUUUUCCAACUCACUGCAUUCAACAAACAAACACACACAUUUACAGCAUGGAAAGGCUAACACAACUCAUUUCAAUGCUUCCCCUGUUUUUCCUUCUUCUUCCAUCUUUAUCCUUUGCUGGUCAUGACUAUGGCCAAGCACUUAGCAAAAGCAUUAUGUUCUUUGAAGCUCAAAGAUCUGGUGUUCUUCCUCAUAACCAGAGAGUUUCAUGGAGAUCUCAUUCUGGUCUUCAAGAUGGUAAAGCAAGUGGGGUAGAUCUAGUGGGUGGAUACUAUGAUGCAGGUGAUAAUGUAAAAUUUGGAUUACCAAUGGCGUUUACUGUUACAAUGAUGUCAUGGAGCAUUAUUGAAUAUGGUAAACAAAUGGCUUCUAGUGGUGAACUUGGUCAUGCCAUGGAAGCUGUGAAAUGGGGUACUGAUUAUUUCAUCAAAGCUCAUCCUGAACCUAAUGUUCUCUAUGGAGAGGUAGGAGAUGGGAACACUGACCAUAAGUGUUGGCAAAGGCCGGAGGAUAUGACCACUGACCGUCAUGCUUACAAGGUUGAUCCAAGUAAUCCCGGGUCGGAUCUUGCCGGAGAAACCGCCGCCGCUAUGGCUGCUGCUUCCAUUGUAUUCCGCCGUUCUAAUCCUGCUUAUUCACAUGAACUCCUCCGUCAUGCCUAUGAGUUGUUUGAUUUUGCGGAUAAAUACAGAGGCAAAUAUGACAGCAGCAUCACAGUUGCACAGAAGUACUACAGAUCCAUCAGUGGAUACAAUGAUGAAUUGCUUUGGGCUGCUGCAUGGUUGUAUCAAGCAUCUAACAACCAAUAUUACUUGGAUUACCUUGGUAGAAAUGGUGACUCCAUGGGUGGAACUGGUUGGCAAAUGACUGAAUUCAGUUGGGAUGUUAAGUAUCCCGGAGUUCAAACUUUAGUUGCGAAGUUCCUGUUGCAAGGAAAAGCUGGAGCUCAUGCACCAGUGUUUGAAAAAUAUCUGCAAAAGUCCGAGUAUUUCAUGUGUUCAUGCCUUGGAAAAGGUUCUCACAAUGUUCAGAAGACACCUGGUGGACUCAUAUACCGCCAAAGAUGGAACAACUUGCAGUUUGUCACAAGUGCUUCCUUUUUAGCCACUGUCUAUUCUGACUACCUUGUUUCUUCUGGUAGAAACUUGAGAUGUGAUUCCGGCAAUGUCCCUUCUUCCGAGCUUCUCUCAUUCGCAAAGUCUCAGGUGGACUACAUUCUUGGAGACAACCCAAGAGCUACAAGUUACAUGGUGGGAUAUGGAAACAAUUUCCCUCAAAGGAUUCACCACAGAGGUUCCUCCAUUGUUUCAAUCAAGGCUAAUCCUUCAUUUGUCAGCUGCUUUGGAGGUUACAAUACUUGGUUUAGUAGCAAAAGGAGCAACACUAAUCAACUUACUGGUGCUAUUGUUGGUGGACCUGAUGCAUAUGAUGACUUUGCUGAUGAAAGAAAGAACUAUGAACAAACAGAACCAGCAACCUACAACAAUGCUCCUCUUUUAGGUGUUCUUGCACGACUCAGUGGCGGUCAUGGUGGCUACAACCAGCUCCUUCCAGUUGUUGUUCCAGCUCCUACUAGGCCUGUUGUUGUUCCAGCUCCUAGACCCGUUGUUACCAAGCCACAUUUAUCUCCCAAACCAAGGAUAACUCCAUCCCCAGCGUCAAAGUCAGGCCCAAUUUCCGUUGAACAGAAAAUGACCAAAUCUUGGGUUGCCGGUGGCAGAACAUACUAUAGAUAUUCAACAAUUGUGACUAACAAAUCAACCAAGAAUCUCAAGUCUCUCAAUCUUUCGAUAUCCAAGCUUUAUGGUCCACUUUGGGGACUCACAAAGUCUGGUGAUUCAUACACAUUCCCAGCAUGGAUUAAUGCUUUAUCAGCAGGUAAAAGCCUCGAAUUUGUCUACAUCCAUUCUACCACUCCCGCAGAUGUCUCAGUCGCAAACUACUUGUUGGCCUGAGAAUGAUCGAUUUGGUUUAAAACGUCGGGCAGCUACAGUUUAAUGCUUUCUUGUGUAAUACGAAAUGUGCAGUGAGGAGAGAUUCUUAAGAUUCUCCUUUUUCAUUUUCAUUUUGGUGUCAAAUCUUCUACUCUUGUGUAUUUUGCAUUUCAAUUAGGAUAGAUGAAAAUAGAUAGAUUAUAUAUAAGAUGGAAGGAGCGGAUCAGAAAGGAGUGAAGAGACAAGAAAGGAGUGCUCAUCCUCUUUCGUAUCCGCUUUACAACUUAUAUACAGUGAGUGAUACAAGACAGACAGACAGCGAAAAAGAGUGAUAGUUGAGAAGUUCAGAAUUUAAAUGAACUUCUUAACAUGUUAGAGAAGAGUCAUCACUUGUAUUUUUUCUAAAGCUUUGGAUGUCUUUUCUGUGUGUGAUGUUGCAAGCUUUGCAGCAAUUGUACUUCAUAUAUAACAGUUUGUGGAAUAGUAUUAUGUUUAUGUGCUGUGCAA